AUGGCGGGCGACGAAUACUCCAUCGGUGGGGGUAAGCUCAAGUUGAAGGGGAGUAAAGUCAGCGGAGGACGGAUAGAGAAGAAAAAGAGGAGCACAAAGAAAAAGGAGGGAGAAGCGACACAGCCAAAGCCAGAGUCAACGCCGGAUACGGAGCGACCAGAAAAUGAAAAGGAUGAGGGUGUGAGGUCUGAGGAAGACAGAGAGAAGGAUAGGGAUGCGCCUGGGAAGACCGAGGCUGAAAAGAGAGCCGAAGAGAUUCGGCGGAAACGGUUGCAUGAGCGGCUUCAGCGCGAAGGUGUCAAAACUCAUAAGGAGCGUGUGGAGGAGCUGAAUAAGUAUCUCAGUCGGCUCAGUGAGCAUCACGAUAUGCCGAAGAUCGGACCGGGCUAA